CUCAACUCCAACCUCAUCUCUGGACCCAUAUUCCCCCUGCAAUAACAACUGUGAAUGCCAAACUGAUUCCUUCACUCCAGUCUGUGGGGCAGAUGGGGUCACGUACUUAUCUGCCUGCUUUGCUGGCUGCAGCAGCACGAACCUCAGUGGCUGUUCGUGCCUCACCUCGGUCCCUGUCGAAAAUGCCACCGUUGUUCCCGGCAAAUGCCCCAGUCCUGGCUGUGAAGAGGCCUUCUUGAUAUUCCUCUGCGUGAUGUGUGUCUGCAGCAUGAUCGGGGCUAUGGCACAGACGCCGUCGGUCAUCAUACUCAUCAGAACCGUGAGCCCCGAACUCAAGUCUUAUGCUCUGGGGGUGCUUUUCCUGCUUCUCCGUUUGCUAGGUUUUAUCCCACCUCCGCUGAUCUUUGGGGCUGGAAUUGACUCCACCUGUCUGUUUUGGAGCACGUUCUGUGGCGAGCAAGGAGCCUGCGCGUUGUACGACAACGUGGUCUAUAGAUACCUGUAUGUUAGUAUCGCUAUAGCCCUGAAGUCUUUUGCAUUCAUCUUAUAUACAACCACCUGGCAGUGCUUGAGGAAAAACUAUAAAAGAUACAUCAAGAACCACGAAGGUGGUCUCAGCACUAGUGAGUUUUUUGCCUCUACUCUCACCCUAGACAAUCUGGGGCGGGACUCAAUGCCCCAAAAUCAAUCACAUAGGACAAAAUUUAUCUAUAACCUUGAAGAUCAUGAGUGGUGUGAAAAUAUGGAGUCUGUUUUAUAG